UUCUCCCUCCUCCCCGUCCUCCCCUGCUCCUCCCUUCCCCAAAUCGUUGCUGCACAGCACCCUGUGCGGUGCCGCUCCGGCUGGCCGCCCUGGACAGCCAACGCUGGGAGAGCCACCGUGCCGGGGCUGGCGGAGAUGCCGCUGGAGGAAGGGGACCCAGUGAGGCAGAGGGGACAGCAGGCCAGCGGUGAGGUCAGCAGUACCCCCUGCCUCAGGGCAACGGGGGACCCCUCGCUCCAGGGCAUGCCAGCGCCCAAUGGCAGCAGGAUGGAGGUGACGGCAGAGUGCUGGGAGCUGGAGCCAGCGCUGGGUGACAGGGAUGUGACGCCCAAGGGGGCCCCGCCACAAGCAGAGCGACACGAGGAAGCCCUGAUGGCUGAGCUCUCGGAGCUGGUGCGGAAGGUGGUGAAGAGCAGCAGCUGGUGGGAACGGCACGGGGUGGACGUCAGCAUCCUCGCCUGCAGCUUCCUCCUGCUCCCAGCAGGGCUCCUGUGCCUACGGUCAUCCCAGGCCAUCCCUUUCCUGGCGGGUGUCCUCACCCUCGGCGUGGUGCAUCACACCCUGACGGUGAAGGGCAGCCAUCUGGCCAGCCACAAUGCCUUGACCGAGUCCAAGUCCUGGAGCAAAGUGUGGGCCAUCUUCUUCAUUGAGCUCUGCUCAGCUUUCACAGUCGAGCAGGCCACCUACAACCAUGUGAAGAUCCACCACGGCUACACCAAUGUCAUCGGCCUGGGGGACUCCAGCACCUGGAAGCUUCCUUUCCUGAACCGCUAUGUCUACAUGUUCAUCGCACCUCUCACAGUGCCCAUCCUAACCCCUCUGGUUGCACUUGAUUUGUUGAGGAACGUGAAGUGGAAAGCAGCUCUCCGGACCCUCUGCUGCAUGUUUCUAGGUCUUUACUGCCAUUACUGGCUGCUGCUCCACGUCUCAGGCUUCCAGUCAUCAUGGUCCGCACUGCUCUGCAUGCUGCUCACCCGCUCACUCCUGGCCCAUCCCUACAUCCACGUCAACAUAUUCCAGCACAUCGGCCUCCCCAUGUUUGCGGCCGAUCGGAAACCCAAGCGGAUCCACCUCAUGAGUCUGGGAGUCCUCAACCUGCCCCGCAACAUCCUGCUGGACUGGUCCUUCGGCCACUCGCUCAUCAGCUGCCAUGUGGAGCAUCACCUCUUCCCCAGCCUCUCCGACAACAUGUGCCUGAAGAUCAAACCCAUCGUCUCCCAGUACCUGAAGCAGAAGAAGCUGCCAUACAAUGAGGACACCUACGCCUCCAGGCUCCAACUUUUCCUCCAGAGAUAUGAGGAGCUGAUGGUCCACGCUCCCCCCAUCACGGAGCUGGUGGGCAUCCAGUGAGGACAGGGACCCAGGACUUGGGGGGCUUGCAUCAGGGUUGGUGUUAGCAGGAUCGGGGCUACACAGACAAAUGCCUCCAUAAAGCCAUCGUGUAGGAAA